UGAUCAAUCAGCACCUGCACAUACCACAAUGAUAUGUACCUACUACAUUCGGUGCACACUUAUAUGUACGCAAUACGCAAUACGCAACCCAUCAUUCAUCACGCCCAUCGCGUGUGCACGGAUUACAUACACGCAUUUGUUCGAACCGUCCUAUGGACGAAUCCGGAGUCGAAUUGUAACUAUUCCUGACUCCCCUGCUGGUUAGACAGCUUAAUACGAACGCCACAAUUCGCAUUCUAAAGGCAUUAUGAGAUCAUACAAUGGCUUAUCCAAGGAAGCGGAAGCGAGGAGACACCCGCAAUAUCCCUUUAGAUGACGAACCACCCGUUAAAAAAGGAAGGAUAGGGAGGAUAGGGAGGAUAGAUCCCGAGAGCAAUCAACGCCUGGCACCUCCACAAACCCAACACGCGGUUCUCAAUCAAUUUUACUCUCAAGUACUGACCUUGCGUAAUUACGUCCUCUCGAGACUACCUGCUACGUCUAGACUUAGAAGGAAAAAAGUUGCUACCGUCGGCAUAGACAACCACAUCCCAGGCUCGCCUCUCUCGGAUGUGGAGCGGUCUUUAGGGGCUCUGCUUGACGGCACGCUUAUUGGCAUACAAGCCGAAUUGCAAAGCCCAGAAGAUAAUUGCAUAGAAGGAUGGAAGGCCUUCUCCCAGAAAGGGGACGAGUCCUGCGUUACACUAUCCGAUGGCGCUACCGGAUUUAUCGAGAUACAGGCACUUAUUGUAGAAUAUGUCGUGAGAACGAUAUUCUCCAGAGAUAAGUCUGGUACAUGGCCGAAGCAUUUACUUUGCGACGGCUACAGUAGAAAUCGGGGCUUGGGGCUACGUGCGUUUCGCCCUAACCCUCAUGUCGAGACGCUGAAGCAAUCGCCAUGGCCACAGCUUCUCGCCCUAAUGGGUGACUCGGGGGAACGUAUUAUGAUAAGCCUACUCCUCGACUGUGCUAUAUUUACGCCUGUGAAAACAGGGGCGAAUAAUUUUUGUCAGAUUAGUGGAAACCCAUUGUCAGACGUUGAUGCGCUUAAUCAAGAGAAGCCUGGGAGACUACCAGGUAGCUCUGCUGUGAAAACCUUGUCGGAGAUUAUCUUCAUCCGUAACCGUAUGCUCUACGCUAGAGCUUCUCUUAACGCCCAUGGAGUUGUACACUUUGGUUUAAGACAUAUCCACGUAUUGAACCGUUCUUUAUAUAGCCACCUCGAUAAAUUAGAAGGGAACUCAACUGAGGCCAAGCAACGAAUGACGCUGCAGAAUGAAGCACACACUCUACGGAUUAUGAUCUCAUCGGCUCAAGGAUUAUACCCUUCGAGAAGAGGAGAUUUUUGAAAAGUUUGGCCGGCUCAACGAGUCCACUGCCCAGGUCAAAAUACCCAAGAGGCUAAAGGGUACCGCGAUAGAAUUAAUACGAAAAGUACAAAUCUUACACCAGCGUUGUUCUUACUCGAAACUCCUUCAAUAUCAUUGCCCACUUCAUAUUUCUCUUAGCCACCAAGAGCUUGAGUCUACCGAAGCCAGCGCCAGUCGUAAAUCUUCACGCAAAGCGCUUGUGU